UACAUUUUCCCCAUUCCAUACCAUUUUAACUGCAGUUGUGAUUACAAUAUUUUAUUUCUCUCCGGCAAUGGAGGUUUGCGCGAAAUUAGAAAAUUUCUUUACCGAAGAAGAAUUAUUGAAUAUUCCUCAAUCUACUAAGGAUAAAAUUACAGGACAGUUCUCAAGUUAUGAAAAUAUUAUUUCAAAGCUGCGAGAAGAGAAUGCCGAAUCUGUUGCAAUUUUAGAAAGGGAACAGUUUAGAUUUGAGAAAGAAACCUCCACAUUUAAAGAACAAUUACAAGAAAGUACUGAAUCAUGUUCCAAAUUGAAAUUACAAAUUUCAGAGUUGGAGGAAAGUCUUUCUUCAGUUCAAAAGCAAUUCAGAGAAUUGCAAAUGUUGCACGAUUCUUCGGUGCUAGAAUCUCAAAGUACAAAACGAGAUAACGAGUUACUUUUGAAGGAGAAAAGGAUUUUGUCUGAACAGCUGGAAAAAAGAAGACAUGAAAUUGAGAAGAUGAAUGGUGACCUAAAAAAUUUACUCGAGCAAGUAACAUCUGCCAAUGAAUCUAAAUUUGCAGCAAUAGCUUCAUCUGAAGAAUCUAAGUUAAAGGAAUCAAGUUUACUACAUCAAGUGAGUCGCUUAGAGCAAGAAAAAGAGCUAUUGAAUCGACAAAUAGUAGAUCUAAAUGCUGAAUUAACACAAAAAAAUAGUGAGAUACAUACCCUUAAAAGAGAGAAGUCCAGUAAUAUAUUAGAAAUGAAAAAUCUUCUAGAGGAACGUGCAGAUCAAUUGCAUGCCACUCAGAAAAAGUUGGACAAUCUGAAAGAACUUGUAGAAGAAAAAGAUGCUAGAAUUGAAGCUUUAGCAGAAAAAAUCCGACAGCUAAAUAUGAAUUACUGCAAAGCCGAGGAACAGUUCAAUCUAGAAGUUAAUGCUCAAGCAAAGCUUAUUGAUUUGCAUAAAAAUGCAAGUGAAGACAACCAGAAGAGGGUGCAGGAGUUGCUGAGCGCUUUUGAAGAAGCUCGAAAACUUUUGAAUGAAAGCAAUGAAAAUGCUGCUGAAAUGGAAAAACAUUGCCACGAAUUAGAAGAAAAAUGUAAACAAAAAUUAGAUGAGAAGCAGGAUGAAAUUUUGAAGUUAAAAGAAGAACUGAAAAGAUGCAAAGAAGCUGCUCAAGGUUUAAGUCCAGAAAAAAUUGAGCAGUUGUUCCCGGUUGCUGCGGCUACUAGUAAAGUCAUCCACUCUGGCAUGACUUUGUCUGAACUAUAUUCCCAAUAUACAAAACUGCAAGAGGAAUUGAUUCAAGAGAGAUCUGAAAAGGCAUGCCGUACUAGGGAGUUGAACAAUAUUUUAGCUGAAAUCGAAGAGAGGACACCCUUCAUUCAGCAGAAACUGUUGGAAUUUGAUAAAUUAAAUGAGACUAUUAUUUACUUGAAAUGUCAGCAAUCUGCUACUCUUGCUAAUAAUGAAAAAUUGCUGCAAGAAAGAAAUGAUGCUAAACGGCUCGAGAAUUUAGCAAAUCGAGAAAAUGUGAGAUUAAAAUCUCAAGUUAUUGAUUUAAAUAGACAGGUUCAAAGACUUCUAAAAGAAGUUGAAGAGGCCAGAGGGGGUAGCAUUAAAGAUCGUCGUGAUAGCUUUAACGAUGAAGAUGAUAAUGGAGAAGUAACAUCAAGUGACGAUAUAACCGGAGAUAAGGUUAUAUCACGUCAUUUGGUUACAUUCAGGGAUAUUGAGCAACUUCAAAUUAAAAAUCAGCAGCUUUUAGCCGCCAUUCGAGAUCUUAGUCAACAGCAUGAAGAAUUGGAAAAGAAAGUAUCCAAUGAGUUAUCUACUAAGUUUGAGAAAGAAAUAACCGUCCUCUCAUCUGAGCUGGCAGAUUUACAAAAGCAAAGAGCCAAGCAGGCUGAAAUGUUAGAGACCAUUAUUCGACAAAGGGAUAUGUAUCGUGUCUUACUCACCAGUCAAGGCUUUUCAGAUUCCUUAUUAGGCCAUCCUGAGGGUUCCUUUGGUCAACAUUCCACUUCAUUUUCUAUGGAUUCCAAGGAAGCAAAAACUGCUCUCAAUCAACUGCAAGCCGAAUUUGAUAAUUACAAGAAAGGAAAGGCUGAGAAUGAAAAAAUGCUUAGUGCACAGCUUGAUAAGAUGAGAACUGAGCUAUCAGAUUUGAGAAUUCAAAAUGCCAAAUUGGCAUCACAGUCUGAAUAUUCAGAAGAAAGAGUUAAAAUUCUACAGUCAAAUCUAGAAACCUACAAAAAAGAAUAUAUUGUCUGUAAAGAUAAAAAUAGACAGCACACUACAAUGAUAGUUCAACAUCAGCAAUCAAUUGCCAGUUUGCGCCAGGAUUUAAUGCAAGCUCAAGAAAAAAUAGCCAAGGCAGAUGUUGCUGUUGAAAACUUAAAGGCAGAACGUGAUUUGUUAAAGAGCAUUGAAACACGUUUACUUCAAGAAAAAGAAUCUGUUGUGAGGGAACAGCAGCACCAAUCUAGAAUGAUGGCUAAUCUUCAGGCUUUGCAGAAUAAUUUUGAGCGAAUUGAGUCUGAAACAAAAAGAAAUUUGGAACAUCAAGUUGAAAAGGGUGAAAAGGAAAUUGCUAUUUUGAUGACUAAAUUAGAAAAUGCUCAUAACGAGUAUCGUUCAGCAGUAGACAUUUGGGAGAAACAAAAGAAAGAAUUGCAAUCAAAAAUUGAUGCUGAAGUUGAAAGAAAUAGGAAAACACAUGAAGAACUUGUUGAAUCUUAUUCUCAGAUGCAUGCUAUCAAACAAGAAUUGGCGACAGCUAAAGCUCAUUUGCACACUCAAGUGACACCUGAAAAAGAGAGAACUAUUCAGUCCCAAGCCAGAACUCCAGUAAAACCUACGAGUCCAGCUCCAUCUUUGUCUGAAAUGAAAGCAUUAAAGGUACAGUUAAGUGAAGCACAGUCUAGACUCAAAGCUUUGCAAGAGAAGUUGACUAUUACAGCAAAAAGUUCAGAACAAUAUUUGAAAAUGUGUGAAGAAUUGGAGUUGCGUGUUAAAGAACAAGAUGAAAUAAAUAAACAGUUGAAGGAUUCAAUGGAUUCUGUUCUAGAUUCAAGUAACAAAGCUAAAACAAAUCUUGAGAAAAAGCUAGAAGACAUGGAAAAGAAUAAUAGGACUCUCAUGGAAGAAAAUAUGAAAUUGUCUCAAAAUAGUGGUUCUCAAAUUAGUGAAUUGCAAAAGAAAGUUGUUGACAUUAAUAAAUUGAUUGAGAACUAUAAAAAUGAAGCUGAAUCAGCUAAGAAAAUAGCUGAACAAGCUAGGGAAGAUUGUCAAACUCAAGUGAAGUUAAUGCACGAGAUUCAAGAGAAGUACCAACGUGAGUUACUGUUGCAUGCCGAAGACGUAAAGAAAUCUACACAAGUCAAAGAGGAGCAUAAAAAAUGUUCAGUGCUCAUCGAGAAAUUGACUGAAGCAAAGAAGGCAAGUGAUCAUGCACUUCUAGAAAAUAAAGAAUCGUGGUUGCGCCAGGAAGAAAUAUUCCAACGUGAAACAAAAGCUCUGAAAUCAAAGAUUUGUGAUUUGGAAUCUUGCAAUAAUAACCUUCAUACUCAAUUGGAAAUGCUUGGAACUCAAAUGGCAGCUUUACAAUCUAAAAAUUGGGACGAUACACCUUGUGCAAACCUUCAAGCUGACUUGAAAGACACACAUCAUCUUUUGCAAGUAAUUCAAUUUAUCAAGAAAGAAAAAGAAAUAGCAGCUACACAAUUUGAUGUUGCUCAAUCUGAAAAUGUUAGGUUGAAUUUAAAAGUAGAACAACUUACUAAUGAAUUGAAGUCUGUUCGUAGUGAACUUGAAGAAAUAUCAAGUAAUGCACAGGCAAAAGCUGCUAGUGAAGCACAACAUGCUGAACUUUUGACUAAAAUUGAGAGGAUGAAUUUAUUGAGUGAAAGUAAUAAUUUACUGAGAAUGGAAAAAGAAGCUUUGGUUGAGGCCAAGACCAAAUUGGAAAAUCAAUUACAUCAGUUACAAGAAAAAUUUCAACCCUUAUAUGAGAAAGAAAAAGAACUUGUUCAAAAUGUUGAUGUCUUGACUGCAGAAAAUAAUGCUCUUAGAAGUGAAGUGAAGAACUGGCAAUCCAGAACAAACCAGCUGUUAGAACAGUCUCAUAAGAUUGGACCUCAAGAGUAUAAAAAUCUUAUGCGAGAAAUGGAAGAAUUGAAAUCUCAGAAAUCCAGACUAACUGAAGAGCUACAACGUAAACAAGCUGAGGUAUCUCAGCUGACUGCACAAGUGAAUUCUCAUGCAAUGCAUAUAAACUCUCUGAAGAAAGAUGCUGAAUUUUUGAAUUCUCUGAGAAAUGAGGUGAUGACUCUGAGGCAAGAUGUGGAUGUUUUUAAGAAAGAUGUAGAGAAUAAAGAUGCAGAAAUCCAUAAGUUAAAUGAUGCACAAUCUGAACACCAAAAAAAUAGUUUGCAGUUGAAAAAAAUAGCAAGAAAAUACAAGCAGCUCUCUGAUGAAUUUAAAGCUUCUAAUGAUGGUUUAGAAGAAAAAUGUAAAGUUUUAGAAGAAAAAUGUAAGACUUUAGAAGCAUCUAAGCAAGAAGAGUCUACACAAGAAAUGCAGAAAAAGGUUUCUGAUAGUGAAAAAGAAGUAGUGGAGCUCAAAGAGGAAAUAAACAAACAAAAACAAGUUAUAGAAAAAGCUAAAAAAGACUCUGAAAAUCUGCAGCUGUCAGCUAAAGAAAAGGAGGAGAAAGCAAAGAAACUACUUGCGCAGUUCCGGCAGAAAUAUUCGCAACUUAACAGAGAAAAGGAGUCCUUGGUUGAAGAAAAGUCACGAUUAGCAAAAGAAAUAGAAGAAUUCAAAAGCCAAAUCUCAGCCUAUAGUUUAUCUCAAGAAGAAACUGCUCAACAAAGGAAUCAUUCAGAUGCUAUAAUUGCCCGUCUUGAAAAAGAACUCAAAGCUGCUAAUGAUUUAAGAUUAUCUGAAAGAAAACAAUAUGAUGAACUGCUGCUGAAAGUAUCACAGCAAAAGCCAGGUAUUAAAUCCCCCAUUGUUGGAUUAGGAGAUAGAACAAGUGGUGGAACAGAACCUUUAACAGCUAAUAUAAAACCCAUUACAUCACCUUCUACAUCUGGAGCGGCUUCUGGAUUAAGACAUUCUCCUCAUCCUGUCUCUUGCUCUAAUCGGCCAACUCCUACUGCUAGCAUACGGCCAAUGGCUAUUGGCACUGCUCCUCCCACACAAGCACGUAUGGCGGCAGUAUUGCCUACAACAGCCACUCCUCCACAAAGUGCAGAUGAUGUUGUCUCCUCUCCUUCUGUAGCUGUACCUCAUGCAACAGUUCAGCCAACUCCAGCCACAGCUACUGUUGCCCCAAAUACAAUGGCAGUAACAGUUUCUCCUGUUAUAUCUGAAGUAGCAUCUGCUGUUGUUCAAGAUGAAACGGACAUACCACCUAUGACAUCUGUGCAUCCUUCAAAUGUUGCUGUCUCUACUCCUGCUACAGCUUUAGUUCCUCCUCGAAUAGAAAUAACUGAGACAAUGCCAGACUCUGCUGUUGUAGAUUCUCCCGCUCCUACCACAUCAGUUAUAGUUUCACCUCCUGCUACCCAAACACAAGUCGUUACACCUACAGUGAAACGCCCUCGUGAAGAAAGUUUAGGAGACGCUGAUGCUUCAGAGGCCAGUUUGAAGAGAAUUCGAAUGGUUUCUGAAGGGAGCCAAACAAAUCAGCAACACCCAACAUCUGUAGUAGCCCCCACUCCCAAUGUAGCUAUUGUUCCAGCUGCUCAGGUGAUCAGAUCUCAAAGUCCAGCAGUUUGUGAGCCAACUCCUUCAACUAGUGCACAACCGGAAGGUAAACAUGUUGCUGCUGAAGAUAUUCAUUCCCCAUUGAAUCCCAAUUCAGCAUCAGAGGAAGAAUUGCUUGCACCUGACGCAGAAAUAUUAGAAGAUGAUAAAGAAGAACAGAUAAUCGAGUGGGAGACUCAAGAGGAACAAGAAACUAAGAUUGAUGAUGAUUUUGAGGCUGAAGUUAUGGAAGAAGAAACUAUUGGUGGAGAAGGUGAUGAGGAUAUGCAAGAAGGCAUUGAUGUUCGGUCUCCUGAUGAUGAAGACAUGACAGAAGAGCAGCCUGAUGAUGCUGAAGAUAUGGGUGAUCAACCAACAUCUUCUGAUUUAGAUUUGUUGGAUAACACUUCAAACAUGCAAAUGGAUGCAGAUAGUAGCAGUUUGCAAAGUGCUCCUCCAGAGCAGUGUAUGGCUCCUCCUGCUUUUCCACCAUCGGUUGAACCAUCCCCUAGUACUGCACCUGCUGCAGAAUCCAUUGUAGUUCCCAUAGCUGCUCCAGUUCAAAGAACCCCUGUCACUUUAGUUCCUCCUAGAAUUGAAAGACAAGCGCCUGGUAAUCGGCAACACCUCACACCCUUUACCAUUCCUGGACAAGGAUCCAACUUUGAAGAAGGUGAUGAUAGCAUAGUUCCAUCUACACCAACUUUGUAUGUUCCAAGACGUGCUGAUGGUUUUGCUGAAGCAGUUAGCUCUCCUCAUGUUCCUCAAGUUAGGUUUUCGUUCAGUAGUUCUGAAAGCUCUCCUACUCAACAAGGUCUAUCUCAACUUGCUAGUCAAGACGGUUUAGGUGUUGAUGAUACUAGAAUGGAUUUAUCUCAAUUUGAUGAGGGAGGAAGAACAGUUCCUUCAACACCCCUGCAAGUUUCACCUCCUGCAGAAGUAAUUGUUCCUGAUGUCACUGCAAGUCUAGAAUCAGUUGCUGCAUCUGUAAGUGUCCCUGAAAUAAUUGUUCCAACCAUCAAGAUUGAAACUGCUGAAGAACUAUCAGCAGAUGCUCAAAAUGUUCAGAAAUCUGAUGCCUCAGAUUCAGUGUUUGUUGAUCCAUCAGUUAUUAAAGGUGAAUCUUCAUCGAAACUAGACGAAAAAGAAUCAAAUGUAUCAGCAUCAGAUCAACCUGAAACAUCUGAAGCUCGUGAAGAAACAGGUCCUGGUACCUCCAAGACUGAUGAAUCUGCUUCUGCUGACAGUGAACAGUCUUCUAAAAGUUUAUCGGCCCCUAGUCUUCAACGAAAACCCAUAGUCUGGAGCAAACUAAGCAAAGAACCUGAAGCAACCAGUCCUGAAACUGCAGCUUCAGGUGAUGUUACCCAGAGUCCUCCUAGCCAAGGUUUACACCCCACGCCCGUUAGAGGCAGAACCAGAGCACGACGAGGUAGAUAUGCUUUAAGUGCAACUCAUUAUUCCAGGGGACGCGGUGGAGAAGCUGCUUGGCCUGGAUCUCCACGUCGUGGGCGUCCCACAAGACGACGCACCAUGUACUGACCAAUGUGAUAUGUGCUAAAUGGGCUGUAGGGUGGCAUGCAUGUUAUUAAAUUUCAUCUUUCAUCAGGUCUGAAACAGUAUUUCAGACAGAAUAUUUUGAGUGCAUUUCUAUUUUGUUUCAUUUACAGACAUUAUAUUUUUUGUGUCGAAAGUUUUAGUUCGUUUCUACCUUUUUAAAAGAAAGAUUUGUGGACAGAUAAUUAUUUUACAGAAUUGCUUGAUUAAGUGGAAAAAGUAAGAGUAUUUUGAUUUUGUCUUGAUGUGGAUUUCUUUCUGAAUUUGUUAUCCUCUAAUAUCUCUUUGUAAUAUUUAAGAACAGAAAUGAUUAUGUGACUAAAUUGCUCUAUAAUGUAGCAAAAUAAUAAUUGUUUGAAAUUUGCUGACUUGAUUUGGAAUUUUUACUACAUUUGUAUUGAUAUUUAGUUUUCUCUAUCUCUUUGUAAUAUUCAUGAACAGAAAUCGUUAUUUGACUAAGUUGCUUCAUAAAAAAGCAAAAUAGUUUGAAAUUUGUUGGCUUGAUUUUACUUAAUUUGCUUUUCAUUAACUUUUGAUUUUAUCUACCUCUUGGUAAUAUUUAUUAACAGAAAUGAUUAUAUGACUAAAUUGCUUGAUAAAAUUACAAAGUAAUAAUUGUUUGAAAUUUGUGGGAGUUAUCUAUUAAUUUUCUCUGUUUAUCUAAAACUUUUUCAAUUUUAAAAGUCAAUUUAAUUGUAUAAAGGAAAUCUAUUGUGGUUAAUUUGUUAAAGAAAUUAUAAUUAAGUUAUUGAUUUUAACUAAUUUUUAAUUUUUGUAAUUUAAAUUUUUUUCUUUCUGAUUUCAAUUUUUUUAUUUUUUUAAAUUCCUACUUCUGCUUUUUUCCCUGCAUUGAAUAUUGUUCAAUAUGUUCAAUUGGCAGGUUUCUGUAGCAAAUAUGAAGUAAAUCGUAUAAAAUGAACAAAUUUGGUUGCUUUAAAAAAAAAAAAAAGAAUUUGUGUUUUUGCACUUGAGAUUAUUGAUUUUUGUUAGUAAAUUUCAAAUAUAACUUUUUUUUUCACUAAAUAUUUUUUAAAAAUAUUUUUCUUUAAUUCUAUUCGCAUAAAAUGAGAAGUUAAAUAAUUUUCAUGGUAAUUCAUUUACAAAUGCUAUGCUGGAACUGGGUGCCAAAAAAAAAUGACUAACAAGUGUGACAAAAAUCGCAUCCACUGUGAUAUUUUGUUUGUCAAGAGAAAUAUUUUUCUAUAAAAUAAUCAAGAUUUCCUUUUGUUGAUAUUGUUAGGUAAAGGAAGCUAAACAAUGUUAAUUAUUCCGAAGAUUCAGCCCUAAAGUUUAUUUCAUUUAUCAUUUGCUUUUUGAAACGCUAAAUGCUAUGUUGUAUUCCUGUAUAAUUUAAGUUUUGUCAAAAUGCUUAUUUUUAUGUAAAUAAAGUUGAUUAAUAAAA